AUGCCGACGUUUUCCAGAGGCGUGGGGCUUCGAAGGUUCCAGGUGGUUUCGCCAGUGUGCAUGGGACGGCGAUCGUCGAAAAUCGCGACGCGCAAGAACGCACAGGACGCGCGCAAGUCGAAGCUGUACGGCAAAUUUGGGAAGCAAAUCAUAUCCGCAGUCAAAGCAGCUGGUCCCAGCCCAGGCAGCAACUCGGCACUGGCAGCGCUGCUGGUGGCGGCAAAGCAAGGCGGAGUGCCAAAGGAUGUGAUUGAUCGGAACAUCAAACGAGCGACGGAGAAGGGGCAGGCGGAUUUCACUGAAAUUGUGUAUGAGAUCUACGGGCUCGGAGGAGUCGGCAUAGUGGUGGACGUGCUAACAGACAACAAUGCCCGGGCGGCAGCUACAGUGCGCGACGUGGUUCGCAAGGGCGGCGCCAAGAUGGCCGAUCCAGGCUCGGUGCUAUUUAACUUCAAGAGGCAGGGUGUGCUGGCUGUGCCAGCAGCCACGGCAGACCCGGACGAGGUGUUGGUGGUGGCGGUGGAUGCAGGUGCUGAUGACGUCAUCAACCCUGGGGAGGACAUUGCAGGGGGAGGAGGAGGAGGGCAUGCGGAGGAGGGCGAGGAGGAGGAGCAGUUCUUCCGGGUGCUCACGCCAGCAGAGUCCUUUGCAUCAGUGCGAGCAGAGCUGCAGGAGUAUGGGCUGACAGUGGAUGCAGAGCACUCAGGCCUCAUGUUCAUUCCCACCGCCACCAUGCAGCCUGACGAGGAGGCUCGAGAGCAGAACGAAGCUGUGAUGGAGAAGCUCCUGGAAUUGGAUGAUGUGGAUGCAGUUUACUGCAACCAAUAG